UUUUUCAGCCGAUUCGUUCGCUGUAUAAAACUAAUAAUAAAACCCUAGCAGAGGCCUAGGGUUUGCGAAGAACUGAAGGAGAGAACCCUAGCACAUCAUCAUGGUGAAUGUUCCAAAGACAAAGAAGACAUAUUGUAAGAGCAAGGAGUGCAGGAAGCACACAUUGCACAAGGUGACACAGUACAAGAAGGGUAAAGAUAGCUUAGCUGCCCAAGGAAAGCGCAGGUACGACCGCAAACAAUCAGGUUAUGGAGGACAGACAAAACCCGUCUUCCACAAGAAGGCCAAGACAACCAAGAAGAUUGUGCUGAGGCUUCAAUGCCAGGGUUGCAAACAUGUAUCGCAACACCCAAUCAAGGUCAGUGUCUUGACCAUAGAUUACUUUUUCCUUCUUUUGGUUUGCUUUGGCAUUUGGCAUAGUUUUUUUAUUAUUGCCAUUGGGUUUUGCAGAGGUGCAAGCAUUUUGAGAUUGGAGGGGAUAAGAAGGGAAAGGGCACUUCUCUAUUUUAGAUGGAUUAUUCAUGGUCUUUUUUGCUAUACUAUCUUCCUUUUAGACCCUUCCUUUUAUGUUUGUUCUACUUUUUUGUACUUUGAUUAUUGUGUUCCAUUCCCAAAUUUCUGAAUAUGAUUAAUUUGUUGGAUGUUCUGUGAUGCUUGAAGUAUGUUUAAUUUCAA